AUGCCUUCACCUUCACUCUUUUGUUGCCGUAUUCUUGGACUCUGGCUUCUGGCCAGCGUCUUUCCGCUCCUUGUCGCUUCCAAACAUCACGACCCAUGGGGUCAUUUUGUGCACCGCGACCUGCACCACGGUGCUGCAUCGCAUGUCCGCAGAAAUGCAUCUUCUCCUGCCAGUUCAAACACGACGGCUCACUCGCUUCUUCUUUCCAAUACGACGUCGGGGCCUACCCAGUUAUUCAAUAUCUCGGAUCUGACUAUGUUCUCAAGUGACUGUGCCAAUGCGCUGGCCGGAUCGCUCAACUACUCUGCUGCCAUUGGGUAUUCGAGCUCUCUCUAUGUCUGGGGUGGGCUGACGAUGAACGAUAUAACGGCGCUGUGUACCACGGCCUGCUCCGACUCGAUUUCCAGUUUCCGUGCCAAUGUCCUGGAGGCCUGUGUCAAUGAUGUGUAUACCGAUGAACCCGCAAAUGCGACAGCCUAUGUGUAUGGCAUCGGGACCAUGAAUGAUAUCUACAAUGUCGAAGGCGUUUCAGUCAAGCCCAUUGCCUUGGUGGAUUACUACUUCCUCAGCUACAACUUGACUUGCACGCAGGAUGAUUCGAAUCCACCAAACUUCUGCUACGCCCUGACUGGAAAUAACACGACGAAUGGCACCGCUGUUGAUCCGUGUGGCAACGGCGGUCUCGGGGCAAUGCGAGCUCAGCUGGAGGAUCCACGAAUGUACGAUGACGACCUCGCCAGCCAAUAUUCCGCCUCGGUCUUAUGUCUUUGCGUCCAAGGCACCUGCGAACCCUACAUUGUCCAGCAGAAUGACACCUGCCUCAGCGUUGCCUCGGCACACAAUAUCACCCUCACUCAGCUGCUUUCUUGGAACCCGACCAUUGAUCCCAUCUGUGCCAACUGCAACACCAAGAUCGGACAUGUUAUCUGUGUCAGCAACCCAGUUGGGUACAUCCAACCCAACAUCACCGACAUUGGAUCAACCACGCCAACAACCGCAGUGCCCGUCCCGACGAAUGCCAUGAAUGGAUCCAACACACUGUGCCAUGAUCACCGUCAAGUACGGCAUCACAUUGAACGGCUUUUAUUUCCUCAACCCGGAAAUCAACUCCAACUGUACCAAUCUUUGAGCCACAUCAUCUGGAGUAACCUUCCCACGGCGACGGCUCCGGUCUACCCGAACGUCACCACGACAGCAACGCCAUAUCCGCUUGCGAAUGGCUCCCUGACAAAUUGCUUCGAGAUGUUCGACAACACGUAUGGAAACAUCACUUGCUAUGAGGCCGCGUCGCUGUUUGGAGUCAACGUGCUCGACUUUGUGCGCUGGAACCCCAGCGUCCUGAAUGGGCAGAAUUAUACCGUCGAUGGCUGUACCCUGCAGAAUCAGACGCAGUACUGCGGUUCCUUCUAUAACCAAAGCCUGGUGCCUUCCAGUACACUCGUCUAUCCCCCUAUUCCGACGGAUAUCACUGCCAAUGCGACGACCCAGUGUCUGGACUGGUAUCAAACCGAAAAGGACGUCUCUUACAACAUGACAACCACCUCUACGGCGACAGGGACCGUACCACCCAUCACCACCACUACAGGAGGAGCACCGGCCCCCACCCAGUCCGGCGUCGUCGCCAACUGCCAGAAGUGGUACGUCGCCCAGAGCGGAGAUACCUGUUACGGCAUUGCCACGUCUUACAACAUCACGCUGGACCAAUUCUACGCCUGGAACCCGGCUGUUGGUGGUGACUGUUCCAGCCUCCAAGCGGGCGAUGCAUACUGUGUUGAAGCCCCGACAACCAUCACAACCACCACCGCCAGCGCCACAACCUCCGCCACCACCACGAGCGUCACCCCUCCGGCACCAACGCAGUCGGGUAUUCCAAGCAACUGUGACGCGUAUGCUGUUGCCCAGUCCAGAGAUGGGUGCCAGAUUUUUGCAGACCGCAACAAUAUAACGCUGGCUGAGCUUUACGAGUGGAAUCCGGUGCUCAACAAUGACUGCAAAAACCAAGAACGUGACUAA